AUGUCCCGCAAACGUCGCCGACCCGCACUGUCAUGCGAACAGUGCCGCCGCCGCAAAGUCCGAUGCGACCGGGAAAUGCCGUGCGGCCCAUGCGCGAAGUCCCAACCAUCCUUAGACUGCGAAUACGUUUACGAAGGAAAAGCAGCCCUGAAUGCGAGAAUCGACGCGUCUAGGCUCAGCGAGCACGAGUCGCCGCCAUCUGGAGCGCGGGGCGUUGCUAACCCGAGCAGCUCCACUGAUGGGGCGCGCAUCACGCAUCUGGAAGCCACUGUUCUGCAUCUGCAGAACCGUGUGCAUAUCUUGGAAGAAGAGGGCCAUGUGCAUGCCGCUCGUCUUCAAAGGCCACAACUUUCUAAUGACUCGAGUUCAUCGUCCAACGUCAAUAAGCUCGACGAUCACAUUGCCGAUCUGGAGAGACAGUUGGCCGAGGCGAAGGCGCGAAGAUUGGAGAUGCCGCAGACUUGCAUUGCUCCACUUGCACCUCAUUUGAAGAAAGAUACGGGUGGCAGAACGAAGUUGUUUGGUACGACGCAUUGGGCUCUUUCGUUCCAGCAGUUUCGGCUCCUGAGACAAGUGCGCAGCAACACCAUUUACGCGGACGGAAGUCAGGAUGAGAUUAGCAAGUCCCUAAAGGAGAUUCGAUCGAUACGGCGGUCGAUCAAAGCCCGACAGGCACCGCGGCUCGUCAAUCCAGCCCAGGACCUAUUGGACGACUUGCCUCCGAGGGAGAUCUGCGACGAGCUCAUUCAACACUACCUGCGGACAUUGGGCUUGGUAUAUCGAGUACUACACAUUCCAUCCUUCUUCGAGAACUAUGACUGCUUUUGGAAAGAACCUCAAUCAGUCUCAACCGGUUUUCUGAUAAAGCUUCUGUUGAUCCUCGCCAUCGGGUCUAUUUUCCACUGCAAGCCAGGUCCGUCGAACGAGCUCGGUAUCCCGGUACGGCGCUGGGUAUAUGCGGCACAAUGGUGGCUUUCGGGUCCAACGGAGAAAGAAGCUGGGGGUUUGGAAGGCUUACAGGUUCACUGUCUACUGCUUCUCUGUCGCCAGGGAUACGCGAUAGACAAGGAGACAAAUUGGAUAUCGGCUGGGAGCUUACUGCGUCUUGCGGUCAAUCAAGGGCUUCACCGGGACCCGCGGAAUUUCUCAACUUUGUCCGUUUUCGACGCUGAAAUGAGACGCCGUAUCUGGGCUACUAUACUCGAGAUCAAUGUGCAGCUCUCGAUUGACGCAUCCAUGCCACCGCUCUUCAGCGUAGAUGACUCUGAUACGAGUCCACCCUCCAACCUGGAUGAUGAGGACUUUGAUCAAACUACCACUGCGCUCCCGCCUUCACAGCCUAAAGAUUGGUACACAAACUCAUCACUCCAGAUCCUCCUUUCUCGGUCCUUCCCAGCGCGACUGCGCAUAGCCCGAAUCAUUAAUCAGCCCACUCAUAAACAAUCUUACGAAUCUACAUUACACUUGGGCAGCGAAAUUGCCGCGGCUUGCAAAGAAAUGGCCGCCACGUUCCAUGACUACUUCUCCCACACUGCCGGAAGCGGAUUCAGACCAACCCCCUUCCACCAUCGACUUAUGGACAGUCUCCUCCGUCGCUUCCUGCUCAACCUCUACCGUCCAUUCGCUAUACAAGCCAUCAAAGACCCGCGGUUCUACCUAUCCCGGAAGCUCAGCUUCGACUCCGCCCUCUGUAUCGCCUCAUACGCCGAAUACCCUGAAGCCUCCCCAAGCAGCGACCAGAUCGCGUACCAAGACUUCCAACGCCUCUGUCUUUCCGGUGCAGGUCUCUUCAAAGGCCACCUUUCUCUUGAUGUUAUGGUCGUGAUUGGUCUAGAGCUCAUCACUCAACUUGAAGAAGAAGUCGCGCAAUAUCCUUCGGCCACUGUCCCCUUCCCAAUCGAUCAAAUUGCUGAAGCCUCCCGCGCCCCUCCCAUCAAAUCUCUUGAGCGGAUCAAAGAGCAGCUUUACCAGAGCUUGGAAGCGGGGAUCCCGAGCAUGAAACGUUAUGGUUUGCUCAGUGGAAUCCUUGCCCAGAUCACCGCCGUCCCUCGUGGGGAACAAGCGACGUGGAUUCACAUCAGGAAGGCAGUCAUGGAUGGUAUGCAAACCUGUCGAAUCCUACUUCAGAGGUACAUCGAUCAAUGCCAGGUCUCUGAGAAGGAAGGGGCCUUGUUGAUGUCUGCUGGUGGGCCGAAUGGUUGGACGCCUGAGAGUGCCAUUGCGUCAAGCUUGGACUCUGACUUCAUGAUACCGAAUUUGGGAUUCGAGGAUUUGAACUUCUGGGAUAUUCCCGCCUUGAUUGAUGCGAGCAUGUUUGAUCCGCAGCAACUGGAUUAG